ACAACCAUAAAUAGAGUGGAGAGGAGAGGUUUUUAACGCCGGACUUCUGAUUUGAUCGGAUCUUCAGACACGAUGUCUUCCUCUAAAGUGAUUUGGGUUUUAUCUUUGAUGACUUUUCUAUAUGACCUCCAUGUGUCCGGCUGUGAUGAAAACUGUGGUGAUAAACCUGUGUUCAGUCCAGCCCACCUGAUAGUGAAGUAUGGUGACCCAGCGUCUGCGAGCUGCACUGCAUGUCAGCGUGAAUGCAUCAACAACAUUGUUAAUUUGGAGCAUUCUGUGGGAGAUACUGAAACAAAUGGAACUUUGCUUUCAUGGACAGUUGAUAGUUUGAAAGAAUGGGAACUUUCUCUCCAGUGCUACUAUAGUAAUGCUUCAGAUUACCAGUGCUGCACUAAACUGCCUCUAACUAUCUACAAGCCCCCGGAUAAUGUGUCUUUCAGCUUUGGUAACAACACAGGGCCAUUGAUGAUAAAUACCUUGUACACUCUGGAGUGUACAAUUGAAAAUGUUGCUCCUAUUGGAAAUGUCGAAGCAGUCUUCUACAAAGACGGCAACCCCUUUGGUCAAGUAAUGAAGACCCUCUUAGAAGACAAAAAACCAACGACUCAGUCCUUUCCUUUGUCCCGUAUCCUUUUUGAGUAUGAUAACGGAUCAGAGUACUGGUGUGAGUCAGUGUUUAAACUGAAAUCUGAAGGACAACAGCCCCCUCCAGUGGUUAGAUCACAAAGAAGUACUGCCAUCGUGCACUAUAAACCUAAGCUUCAGGUGAUAAGAGAUGAAGACUGGGUCACCAUCAAUGAAGAAGAAAAGUUGCAACUGAACUGCACAUCUGUGGGAAACCCCAGCCCCUCGUACAACUGGACGCUUCCAUCAGGCAGACUUUCCCCUUCCAGGAGCAGCGUCUUUACUAUCAAAUCUGUAGCUGUUGAACAUGAAGGGAAGUACACCUGUGUUGUCAGCAAUGAUUACGGGACUGUCCCUGUAGAGUUUAAUGUGGAGGUCAGAGUCAGCUACCUUGUAUACAUCAGAGUUGGGCUGGUUAUUGCUGUUGCUAUUCUUGUCAUCAUUGUGGCUUUCGUAUACUUACGUUACUACAAAAAUAACCAAAGGGGAGAGUACAACCUGAGGGACGCUCUACGCUUUCGCAAACGACACACUUCAGUGCCUACUGUAGAGUGAAUCUAUGGAGAAGCCUGAAAUGUGUAUGGGCCAUUUAUUGAAUUCAAAUAUGGACGACACGUCUCCACCUCCUCCUAUUGUACAAUGAUACUCCCUGAUCAGCUAAAGAGCUACCACCUGCGACAGGCACUGACAUCUUGCACUGGUGACACAAUAUUGACACCAGGUCCCUGCUGCCAACCAAAACACACGGAACCUACAGAUAGGCUGCCUGUGCCUUUACUUUUUUUUUUUUUUUAUAAAAUGCUCUUGGACGAUGGAACAACUCUUAGUAGACCUAAAAUGUCUGGAUUUCCUGUCACAUUGUGUUAAAGUGAACAGUAUUAAUACAAUGAGCAGAUGGCCUGCUUUUAUGUGUAUACACCAUGUUGUAAAGCCUUUUUAUUUUGUCCACAUUAGAUCACCAGUAAGUCUGUAAAUAUCUGCCAUACAUUUACAUUGAAUACUCUGUAGCGAUGUUGUAUAUGCCCUUCUUAAACACUCACAAAUUAUUACAAAAAUAAUGAAAGAAACAAAAAAUACAAAGAAAUCAGAAGGAAAAAGACACUUAAUUGACCGUCGCAUGUCAGUGCAGGAGAAAUCUAGAUUAAACUAAAUGACCGUCAGGAUAGGAUUUCUAUUGGAAACUGUCAUGCCAAUAGUCAAUAUAGAGAAUGAAUAUUAUCCGGUGGCAGGCUCAGUGUGCCCAGGAGCAGCAUGCACCACCUGCACUUCUCACUUUCGGUCGUAACAGAAGCUUUCACCCAACGCUCGACUCACAGAACUGAAAAGUGUGAACACACACUCACAGAUAUGAUCUUUGAACAAAACAAGGGUAGGCUGGCGAUGCAUAAUUAUCUUGGGGAGUUUCCACACAAGAAAACAAAACUGAAAAUUUGUUCCAAGGCCAGCAGAGAUGGGGAUUUACGUAAUAAAAAAAAAAAACCUUCAACUGCCCAGAAGUUUCCGCUAGGAGAAAUGCACGGGAACUUAAUGAAAGAUGCAGUUUCAAAACAUAAAAUAAUGCAAACAAUGAAGAAAUUUUUGCAAACAACUGACAUGUGAUGCAUGAAGCAGAAGCAAGAUCUUGGUUGUCCUUUUGUUUUUGGGUUUUUGAGGAACCUUCUUUCAUUUGUCGUACAUUUCCCAUGUUUUUUUUCUCCUGUGUUUCUGAAUUUGCAUGAUUUCUUAACUGCAGCUACUUUCUCCUGAU